CCUAGAUGUCAGAGGAUCUAGCAAAACAGCUGGCAAGCUACAAAGCUCAACUCCAGCAAGUUGAAGCUGCAUUGUCUGGAAAUGGAGAAAAUGAAGAUUUGCUGAAAUUAAAGAAAGAUUUACAAUGGCUCUCUGCAUCCCCGAAACGCCUUCCUUCAGUAAGCAGAGUGCUUGAGUGCACCCUUUGACCUGCUGAUAUGUAGAUCACAACAUCUGAUGCUUCCUGGAAUUGCCGAUUACUGUAACUGCUGCCCAUCUGUCGAUGAAGGAGCAGUUUCAGAACUCAGACUUGGGGGAGGAAAAGUAAUUAAUGGAAGUUAUAGAACUAACCAAAGACCUUCUGUCAACUCAGCCUUCUGAAACUCUUGCAAGUUCAGACAGUUUUGCUUCUACUCAGCCCACUCAUUCAUGGAAAGUAGGAGACAAGUGUAUGGCAAUCUGGAGUGAAGAUGGACAGUGUUAUGAAGCCGAGAUUGAGGAGAUAGAUGAAGAAAAUGGCACCGCUGCAAUCACCUUUGCUGGCUAUGGCAAUGCUGAAGUGACUCCACUGUUGAACCUCAAACCUGUAGAAGAAGGAAGGAAGGCAAAGGAGGACAGUGGCAACAAGCCCAUGUCAAAAAAAGAAAUGAUUGCCCAGCAGCGUGAAUAUAAAAAGAAGAAAGCUUUGAAAAAAGCACAGAGAAUAAAAGAACUUGAGCAGGAAAGAGAGGACCAGAAGGUGAAAUGGCAACAGUUUAACAAUAGAGCCUAUUCUAAAAACAAAAAAGGCCAGGUUAAAAGGAGUAUUUUUGCUUCACCUGAGAGUGUAACCGGCAAAGUUGGAGUAGGAACUUGUGGAAUUGCUGAUAAACCUAUGACACAAUAUCAAGAUACCUCUAAAUACAAUGUCAGGCAUUUGAUGCCUCAAUAAUCAGAAAAACUGUUGGAUUUCAUCUCUGCAGGGCUUUACAUUUACCUUUUUAAUCCUUAUAUUUUUCUAAAGGUAAAUUAUUUGUUAGAUGAGUAAGGAAGAUACCAUUGUCGUCCUUGUUUGACUUCAAUAGAAUGAAACUUGAAGAAAUUGCAUUUGAUAACUGCUAUUCAUUUAACUUUUGUUACUACUACCACAGUUUCCUCAAAGUUUGUUGAAUAAAGCAACUUUUCUAGAUAGAUGCUGCAUAAAUACAGCACUUAGAUGAAUUGUUGAUCUUCCUAAUAUCAGGCCCUUACUUAAUGGAUGGUAUACAUGUAUACAUUUUGUGAAGUCCUAACUUGGAAUACUCAGAUCUUUGAACUUGCCACAUAUUGUAGCAAUUCACUGGAACAUCAAGGCAAAAUACCAACCUGUUAAAGAGCUCUUUUAUCUUCAACGUAAACCUAGCUAUUGCCUAAUUAAGCCUAGAAAUAUGUUAAUUUGUAAAUGGCAAACUUUGUUUUGAGGUUUUUCCUUCAAUAAUUUGUUUGCUAAGCCUAUUAGGCUAUCUCUAAAAUUGAUUCAGCUUUUACAUUCUUUCCACUGAGUUUUAUGUAAUAAGAAACCAUGUUUAGGACCUGCUACCUUUUCUAAGGUGGUGUUUUUUUUUUUUUAAUGUUUGCUCUUUUCCUGUGUUGAUUUUUCCCUUAUGGUAGUGGUACCAUUUUUUGGAUGUGUAAUGUUUAUAUAAGAAAACAAAAAGCUGAUGUAUAGCCCUGUAUACAGUGUAGAUACUAUUUUUGUAAAAAAACAAAAAACAAAAAAACCAAGGCUAAAUUAAUGAACAAGAAUACUGAAUGUUUCAUCAUUAAAAAUUUACUGUAUUUCUUGUGCAUUAAUCUGACCAUAAUUUCCCUGUAUAUUAUGUUCAUGUAGCUGAGUUUGUAAUUUUUGUUAACUAGAUCAAGUUGUCAGCAUUUGUUGGUUUAAGUGAACAUCACAGUUAUCCUGAGUUGAGUUUAAGCCAAAUAUAUGCAUAGUAAAAUGUCUUCCUAUUACUGGAAGAUGGUGAUUUUUAGGAUAUGUGUUAAUUUCAGUUUUUUGUAUGUUUAACUUUUAUUAAAUAAAGUGUUUUUAAAAUCUC